AGGAAUAUCAUGGUCGCAGAAAGAAUGCCGUGUGAAUUUGAGUUUAACCGAGAAGCAGAAAGGCGGAAUGGUGGAGACGAUUCCUUGUGAUUUUUCAUUUCGAUAGCCGAAGCAGUGGAGGUUGCAUCACCAGCUUAUUACCUCAUUCUUGUGCGACUUCGACCCCGAUCUAUAAGUAUGUCGUGCUCAGCAAAGUAGUUUUUUCUGUCUUGUCGCAAGUGAUUUUAUUUCUUGGAAGUGAAGAAUUGUGCGACUAAAGAACAACCUGCUUCUACUUCAUUUGAUCAUUUUCCGCCACCAUGGACUCCUCCGCCGGCGGCGGCGCCGAGAAGAAGUCCGCCUUCCGCGGCAAGAAGAGCGGCAAGAAGGUGAAAAAGAAGCAGGAGAAGGAUGGGAAAGAGCGACAUAACCGCAAGGCAUUUACCUUUAGUGGGGGGAAGAAGUCGGUGCAGCGAAAAGUGCAACAGUCCGCGGACCAGAAUGCCCGGAAAACCCACGCGCCGAUUCUGGAUAAAACACCGGACAUCGCCCCGCCGUAUGUGGUGGUGGUGCAAGGUAUAGAAUUUGGAUGCUUUGCUGUAGUUUCUUCUGUAGGUACGUUUUAUUUGAUGGCUCAGGAGACGAGGGCAGGUCGUCGAGAUAUUGAUGGCACUGCCGUAUUUUCGCAUGAUGUAAUGGUGAGCACAAGCAGCACUGUACAGGAUAGCAUGGCUAUCCCACGGAGCAGACUAAACUUUAUUUUGUACGUACAUGAUGUUCUACUUCUAUCCGUAACCGUAUCCACCAGGUCCCCGCGGUUCCGGUAAGUCCACCCUGAUCCGUUCGCUGGUGAAGCACUACACCAAGCAGAACAUCAGCGAGGUGAACGGCCCGAUCACCGUGGUCACCAGCAAGCACCGCCGGCUGACCAUUUACGAGGCGCCCAAUGACAUUGCGAGCAUGAUGGACCUGGCGAAAAUCGCGGAUUUGGCACUCUGCCUGAUCGACGCGUCCGUGGGGUUCGAAAUGGAAACCUUUGAGUGGAUCAACUUACUGCAAAACGCGGGGUUCCCGAAGGUCAUGGGGGUUUUGACCCACCUGGACAAAUUUCCGGAGACGAAAAUGAUCCGGAAGAAGAAGAAGGAGUUCAAGGCCCGGUUCUGGGCGGAGAUCUACGACGGCGCGAAGCUGUUCUACUUCUCCGGCCUGCAGUAUGGGGUCCGGUAUUUGAAAACGGAGGUGACGAACCUGGCGAGGUUUAUCGCGGUCCAGAAGGUGCCGCUGCUGUCCUGGCGCCAGGCGCACCCGUACUUGGUGGCAUUGCGGUUCGAGGACCAGACGGAAGCGGUGGAUAAAAAUUUAUUUCUGGAGGAUAGAAGAGCAUCAGAAGAUCAACAGGCUUUAAAAAUAUUAUCCACGACUAGUAAAACAUCAAUAACAAAAACUACAUCUCCUUUCCGCAAGCUCCAUCUCUACGGCUACUGCUACGGCGCCCGCAUGCGCGCGGGGCAGUUUGUACACGUUUGCGGGGUCGGGGACUUCCCGAUCGCGUCGAUCGAGAAGUACACGGAUCCCUGCCCGAGUCCGCUGGCGAUGGAAGUCGCGGAGGGCAAGCCGAACGCGGAAUUGUUGUCGUUGAAUGAUCCAAAACGGAAUAAAGCGACGGGUCGGCUCGAGAAGAAGAAGGUGAACAAUUUGCGCACCUUGCAAGAGAAGCACAAGGCGAUUUACGCGCCCGGGUGCGACAUCGGGAACGUGUUGAUGGACAAGGACGCGGUGUACAUAAAUCUACCGAAGCACAAAAAGGGGUUCACCAAGCGGGACGACGAGUCGGAGGAUGAGGAUCAAAAUUCGGACGAGGAAUUGGAAGGCAAAAAGGCCAGCCACUUACCGGAAGCCGUGCAGCUCGUGCGCGAACUGCAGCAGAAAGUGGGCGCAUUGAAUGACGUCGGUAGCGGAAGCAAGCUGAGGCUCACGGACAAAGCGAGGAAAGUGUUGGCGAACGAGAGUGCUGCUGGGGGGAAAGACAAAGAAAGCACAAACGGCUUGAGGCGCCGCGUCGCCCCGGAUUUUGUCGAGGGGGGGGAUGCGGAGGGAAACGGUAAAGACGAGUGGAAGAUAAAAUCUGGAACAAACUCCGACUCGGAACAAGAAUAUGGCACCUCGUCGGGCGAGGAAGAGGAGGGCUCGGAGGAAGAAGACGAUUCCGACAAAAAUGACGCCGAAUCUUCUGCGGACGAAAACGACAGUGAAGAGGAGACCGCCCGCGACAACUCAAAAAAGCAGUUUUUCGCGGAAGCCAAGCAAAGAUUCGCGAAGGAUAUCCCGCUCGAGGAGCUCGUGUACGGGAAGCAGUACCGGUCCCAACACGCGCGCAACCUGCAGGCUGGCGGGAGCAGUUCCUCUUCCAAUGGAAAUGGUCCGAAGCGGACCGUCGAUUUCCAAGACGCUGCCUUUCUGGCGACAUCAUCAUCUUCAGCUGGAUCUGUUAAAAGCAAAAGCAAAUCGAAAUCUACCGCUUCCGACCAACAGGACGAGGAUCCAAGCAAGCCGAAGAAAUUGAGCCUCUUCGCCGAUGACUCGGAUGAGGACGGAGAUGAGAAUGAUGAACUGAUGCUCUGCUCCGCGAAAGGUCGUGACGGUGUAAAGGUAAAUGCAAGUUCUAGUAAAAUCGUCGACGACGGCUUGGAUUCCUGGCGGUUGAAAUCCUUGCCCUUAGACGCGCGCUGGCUCUUCGACGAGGAGCUUCGUGCCGAGCUGAAAAAAUCGAAGUUUGUCACCGGCGACUGGAACGCUGACGGCGGGAUAAGGAGAAAAAACGGAGGAGCACCCGGCGAAGGAGACAACGAUAGCGAUGUGGACAUGGAUUUGAAUGAUGACGACUUAUAUCAAAUGCAAAAGUGUCUGGGUCUGGAAGAGUCAUGCUGCUUUUGCAUGACACAGAAGGUCUGGCAUGGAAGCUCUAGCAUCACAGGCUUCGAGAAGCUUCCGCAAUGCCGAACCUGCGUCACAAAUGCUCGACUUUGGUGACAGAAAGCGGGCAGCUUUUGCUGCCUAUGCAUGAGAGAUUUUUAUGUGUUGUGAAAUGCGCAUCACAAGGGUGCAUUCGUCCAGACCCAGACAUAUUUGCAAUGCAUAACUUAGACGACGACAACGUCGAUUAUUCCAAGCUCUCCGCCGAGGAGAUCCGCGAACGCAAGGAUAGGAUCAUGCGGAAAAAGCAGGAAAACGAAGAAAACGGGCUUGGAACAACAAACUCCUCGUCCACCAAAGCGAAUUCCACCGAGCACCAGGACGAAUUUGGCCGACGGAAUCUCGUGAAGAAACUGAACCCGAACGACAUGCUAGAGCACCAGGAUGCCAUCCCGAUUGGCGCGUACGUGCGAAUUGUAUUGGAAAAUGUCCCCGAGCUCUCCGUUGAAGCGUUAUCACUCGACAAACCCAUCGUGGUCGGCGGCCUCCUGCCGGGGGAACUGAAGAUGGGGGUGAUGCAGUUGCGCAUCAAGAACCACCGGUGGGCGCCGCGGGUGAUGAAGUCCAACGAUCCGGUGUUCUGCUCCAUUGGGUGGCGACGGUUUCAAACGCUCCCGAUGUAUUCCUUGGAAGACCGGAACGAGAAACGCAUGAAGUUCCUAAAAUACACCCCCGAGCACAUGCACUGCCACAUGACGUUUUACGGACCGGUGGUGCCGCCGAAAACGGGCUGCAUUGUCGUGAAAAACAUGAAGAACAUCGCGAACUACCGCGUGUCAGCCACUGGGCUCGUUUUGGAGUCGAACACGGGGUUCCAAGUCGUGAAGAAGCUAAAAUUGACUGGCGAGCCCUACAAGAUUUUCAAAAACACGUGCUUCGUGAAAAAUAUGUUCAACUCAGACUUGGAGUGCAACAAGGCAUUACACGCAAAAUUGCAAACCGUGUCCGGGAUCCGCGGUGAGAUCAAGAAGGCGGAAGGCACGGAGGGACAUUUUCGGGCGACGUUCGAAGACAGAUUACUCAUGAGCGAUUUGGUCCUGCUCAAAAGUUGGGUGCAGGUACAACUAUCAAUCAUGCUUUUAGAGAUAUCAUCAGCACUUUAUUCCUAUUCGCAAUUUGUUAAUUUAUUCCGUUGCUCCAUCGUCCCUUGCAUGUCAAGCAGCGAUCUCGGUAUUGGGUUCAUUCUCAAGUUGUAUAGAUACGAAUGAUGUACUUGUCCCAGGUGGCAGGAUUCAAAAGAAUCUUCCACACGACUUCUGAAUUGCAAAAGUAUCGUACUCGUAUAAAUGCAUUCCAAAUUUCCUCAGCAUGAGAAACAAGAUUUGUAAUGCAGAUUUGCCUUGGGAACAAGAUUUGUAAUGCAACACUUGCAUUCCAAAUUAUAAAUCCUAUCAGGUCGAGCCGAAGCAGUUUUACAACCCGAUGCUGGACAUCGAGGACUGGCGGCGCAUGAAGUCCGCGGGCGAACUGCGGUUCGAGCAGAAUCUGCAAAUCCAGCACAAGAAGGACAGCCUGUACGGGAAGCAAUUACUCCGGCAGCGGCGGAAGUUCAGCAAGCUCCAGCUCCCGAAGUCCGUCGAAGCGAACCUACCGUUCAAAACCGUGCCGAAGAACGAAAGCAAGAAAUCCAUGCCGAAGCCCGGCACCGAGUCGCGCAAGAUCAACAAGGCGGUCACGGCGGUGAUACGGACGGACGAGGAGCGGAAGCAACGGUCGUUACUGGAUCGGUUAAACGUGGUGCGGAAGGACAAGGUGAAGAAGAACAAGGACCACAAGAAGCAGAAGUGGGCGGAAAAGGCGUCGAAGGAAGCGAAGAUCCAGGCUUUGCGGGACGCGCACACGAGGAACAACCGGAAGAUGAAGCACGUGAAAGCGGGGCAGGCGGAACAGAAAAAGAGAGAAAAAUUGAGGCUGGAAUAGAAGUGAAAGGGAUUGAAAUUCUUCACUUGAUGAUGUUCUGUGUCAAGUUUAUCGCCACGCCUUGGUUGUUGUGUUUAAGUAUGUCCCUGCACCAUGUACAAUGCUUCUGCGACGACAACGCUUGCCGUUUUUCUAUAGGUAGAUGACGGAAAUUAUUCACCUCUUGCAAAAAUACAUUAUUCGACGCGAUCCUUGCAGUACUACGAUAAUAGCUGAAGGGGCUGUUUC